AUGGAAUAAAAAUCUUCAAAACGAAUGAUUUGUUUGGAUUAAAAUUUUGAGCAUGCUGAAUUCAUUUCAGCUAGAACAGAUACAAAAUAGAGAUUAGGAGAGUUAUUUAUUUAACAUCCAACAAAACUAGAAAGUAUCAAUAAUAAAAAUCAUACUUUAAGUGUUUGGUUUGAGACAAGUAAGUUCUAAGAUUCCCAAAUUUAAGCAUUCUAAACCUUUAUUUGAACUACCAAUGAGUGAUACUUAAAGAUCUUUGACAAAUUAGACAACAUCAAUAAUAGAUUGUAGUAAAUGUAAUUAAAGUCUCUCAAAGAUGAUAAAUAAUAAAAGUAAUUAUGAACAAUUGAUUCUCUCUUAACCUACUUUAGUAGCUGAAGAAAAGAAAGAAAUUCAAGUGUAACCUCCAAAAAGAUUGGCUAGUCAUCAUGGAAGAUAAAGAAAUGAAUUACCUCCUAUAUUGGCUCAUCCUUAAAUUUAACCACCUCCUUUUAUUUAAUCAUCUUCUAAAACUUAAAGAAAAUAAAAAACUUUUGGAAAACUUUCAUUUGGAAGGAUCUCUAAAAAUUUUGAUCAUGAACUCUUUAAUGUCAUUUAAUCAGAGCUUUAGAGAUAAUUCAACAGUGGCCUUCAUAAAGAAUACCCUAUCAAUAAGAUGCUUUAGAAACAUGUAUUAAUUUAUAAUAUAUAAUAUUCAGUAAAAUCUUAAGAGAUGCAAAUUAAUUUCAUUGAGCCAAGCCGUCAAAGAUUUUAAAAAAUCAAUAUAGAUUGAAGAUAAGUCAAAUACAUUUGAACUUUUCAAAUCAAAAGAGAAAGAAUUAAACUAAUUAAUAUCUAGUCAUAAUUAUGAAAUUUAUUGA